UUUCAAAAAUGGUCUUGCGACACCGAGGUUCGAUAUUUAUUUGACACGGCACAGCAUCAACGAAUAUUAUAUUUGCAAUAGUAACUUUGCCUGAAAAAUGUUACUAUCUUGUAAAUCUAAGCCAUCGCCCUCGAAAUGCCACGCCCAGCCCAAUUAUCAAGAUCUAUUCCAAAGUGGCCCUCACCUAAUGCUGUUCUAAAAAAACACAAAGAGAAUUAUCUGCCAUUCAAGGCAACCGAACUAAUACUCGAUCUCGAUGCCGAGAAUAGCCCCUAUGUUCGCCCUUCUAGUUUGAAGAAAGAUGGUAAACCGUUGCCCGUCUCCUUUUUUAAAAAACAAAAACUCCAACCCAUCCAGAAACUCGUCGCCGACGUGAAUAAUCUCAGCAAGUUAUAUCAGCUGCAAUUCGCGAAAACAGCGUUAAGGAAGUUCGAUAUUUGGCGAAUUACCAAUUACGAUAUACUUUCCGUCGCGCUCCGCAACACGCCUGUGACAAGACGAAGUUACGAUGAUUAUCAUAUCGAUAAAAAUAGUAUAUUCGAUCAAAAUGGGAUACCAUACUAUAUACUUAAUAGCCCGUCCAAGACCAUUGCGCACUUGCUACACCGGCAAAAAAUAUCCCACCGUGUAGAACCAACCCAGGACGACACAACACAGUUUCGAACGGCGAUUAAGGCGUGCCGUGACCUUGAUCAAAUCGAGAGGGUUAUCAUGAGUGUUAUUCGAACCCCCACAGGUCGCUGGCUCGUUGCAAAUAGCACCAAUACUAUCGGAAGAGCGUGCGUAGAAAUAUCCGGGGAGACGCCACCGGAACAAAUACUCACGUUUCUCAACAACUUAAUAAUCCUUCUGGAACCAGAGAAGCCAGAGACUCCCACUUUUUUGUUGUAUGGCGCUAUCGUAGCCUCGGUACAAUGCGGUGUCUUCGAUGUAGCUCAGAGAUAUAUAAGAAUGGCCCAAGACAGCGGUGUUAACUUCAACGCUUGGCUAGUGGCUGGCAUUCUCAACGCGUUGGAAACGAUCAAUCUGGAGGAGUCAACAGCUCCAUCUGCUAUCCAGAAAUAUCCUACGUAUCCUCUAUUAGCAGUAUACAGUCUUUUAACAGGCCAGGUACCGGGAGAAAAGGUACCACAGCCAUCAUUACAAGAUUUUAUAUCCGGCAGCACCACACAGGGUCCCUAUCAAGGACCGUAUAUUUCAUGUCUCGCCCGCCUAGGAGCGUUCCGAACAAUGUGGCAUUUCUGGCACAUGUAUCCUGUAUCUCCCGAAGACAAAGAUACCUCCAACGCCGAUAUCUUCGCCCUGGCCAUCCAUAAAGCCACAUUGGCCAACCGCCACCUGACGAAACUAGCACAGGCUCCCAGUUUUACGCGCGUAGCCGGAUCGUACGCCGACGAUUGCCAGCUCGAUAUAGAAACCAUUAUAGAGUCGAUGGAAAUACUUUCCUCGCCUAAACCAACAAGCGGAAAUAUACAUAACGAAAGGGUCCAAGGCUCUCCACCCAGCAGGAAGGCAAUUGAGGAGAUCUUUGGGGAUACAUCGAUUGAGAAAUCAAUGCUGGCAUUGCAGCGCUACCUAUCUGAAUUCAAUUCCUCGGAGAAGAUAUAUUAGAGAGUCCACGACGCAGGCUCUAGAGUUAGAUAGGUCCAAUGAAGAUACCGAUAGAGGUUUAACUUCAAGGCCGGUAAGACUUAGAAUAGAGGGUUCAUAUAUUGUUGCGGUACUAUUAGCA